AGCCAAGAGUGAUGAUCACUCAAAACCUCCUCUUCCUCACUUACUCAUCUCUUUUCAUUCUCUCACUUCAAUUCAUUCAAAAUUGUUAUGCAAAAUGUCCCCCUUCUUCCUGUGGCCUCAUUCGCAAUAUCAGCUCCCCUUUCCGCCUCAGCAACUGUAGCGAUCCCGGCUACGAGUUAGUAUGCGAAAACAACGUCACCUUAAUUUACAUCGAAUCCCGGAAAUACUAUGUCAAAGCAAUCGAUUACCAAAACUUCACCAUGAGGGUCUCUGAAAUUUCCACUGACAGCAGCAUUUGCUCUUUCCCUAUACAUUCAUCGUCUGAUUAUUAUUUCAGGUUUCCUUUUAUCAGAGGCUUAUAUAAGUUCAUUAGUUUGGUGAGCUGCGAGCAUCCGCUGCAUAAUUCUACCCUCUUCACCCAACUUACUGAUUGUGAACAAUAUAGCAAAUAUACAUAUAUAAAUGUUGGAGACAUGCGUGUCAAAGAUAUGGACUCUAUGUGCACAUUAAACUCUGUACUAGCAACAUCUUAUUGGAUUAAUACACCUAAUUUGGAGUAUUUGAAUAAUGUGUCGCUCCCAGAAAUCCAUCAGUUCCUGCUAUAUGGAUUUAAUCUAAAUUGGAUCGUUUUGAGGUGUCGCUACAGCCGAGAAGGUUGCUUGCGUUCACAGCUUUUACUUAAAUGGGACGACAUCAAGGAAACCUUCCUAUCACCUGAAGGUCCAUAUGGAGGCUGUCUCAUGAUUUUAUUGCUCAUAAUUGCUAUUGUAUUUGGGGGGAUAACCAUUCCAGCAAAAAUCAUUAUCACCAUUGGACUUGUCACCUUUUUUUUUACUGAAACAACAACCUCCUGGCUCCCCCGUUCUAUGUCCGUUGGUGAGCUCCCUGGUCCUCAAACCCUUGUUGCUAUCCCAACGCACCUGCUCCGCGGUCCCCCAUUCUUUAUGGGUAACCCACCGGGGGUAUAUUAUGAAGUACAACGCAUUAAACUUUUUAAUAGUGUUGUUCUCGGCUUGGAAGUAAGAUUCAUCGUAGGGUUUCUCUGCGCAAUGGGGUUCUUAAUCUACAUAUUCCGAAGAAGGCAUUUGUCCGCGUACGAGGAAAUAGAGAGCUUCCUACAAAGUGACAACCAUCUGUCCCCUAUCAGGUACUCCUAUGCCGACAUUAAGAAGAUGACUAGAAACUUUCGAGAAAAACUAGGUGAAGGUGGCUUCGGCUCUGUUUACAAAGGAAAGCUUCGAAGUGGCCUUUAUGUGGCAGUCAAGCUAUUGGGAAAAGCCAAAAUAAAUGACAAAGAUUUCAUCAAUGAAAUCGGAUCAAUUGGGAGGAUCCACCAUUUCAACGUUGUCCAACUUGUUGGAUAUUGUGCAGAGAGAUCCAAGCGCGUCCUCAUUUUUGAUUUCAUGCCAAAUGGUUCUCUUGACAAGUACAUAUUCAACCCAGAAAAAGCAUCUUCAUUGGCUUGGGAUAUGAAAUUCAAGAUUGCAAUUGGAGUGGCUCGAGGGAUUCACUAUUUGCAUUGUGGUUGCGAUAUCAAGAUCUUGCAUUUUGAUAUCAAGCCCCACAAUAUACUUCUUGAUGACAAGUUUGUCCCCAAGGUCUCCGAUUUCGGGCUUGCAAAGUUAUACUCGGUAGACAAGAACACAGUGAUGAUGACGGCAGCUAGAGGCACCAUAGGCUAUGUUGCUCCGGAACUCAUCAACAGGUGUAUCGGCCCAGUGUCUCACAAGGCCGAUGUGUAUAGUUUUGGGAUGCUAUUGAUGGAGAUGGCAGGCGUAAACAGAGAGUUGGGGGGAAACAAAGAUGAUUCUACCAAGUAUUUCCCAGACUGGAUAUAUGACUGCAUUAACAAAGGCGAGGGGAUUGGAAUUAUUGAAGAAGAGGACAACAAUGUUGAUGAUGAAAAUGGGAUUGGAAAGAGUGUACUUGAGAAGAUGACAAUAGUUGGAUUGUGGUGCAUACAAAUGAAUCCAGAUAAUCGUCCAUCCAUGAACAGAGUGUUGGAGAUGUUGGAAGGUGAUGUUAAAGAUUUGAAGAUUCCAGAGCAUCCAUCCCACUUAGUGAACGAGGUCCAGAGUCGUCCUGCAGAUUCAGCUAGUUCUAUAUCACAGUUGGAUUAUGAUGAUGGCAGUGUCAUUGAGAUUAGUAUAGCUUGAAUAUGUAAUCCUCCCUCACCUCUUGCUUGUAUCAAAUUUGGUGUCCCAAUUUUCUUUUCCUUUUCCUGUGGAGUGUGUUUAGUGUUAUGGAAUUGAGAACUUAGGAUUUAAAAGUGGAGCGUCCAUUGCAUAAAAUAAUGCAUUAUUGUAUUGUAUAAUCACAGCGAGUACGUUUGAGCCGACUCAGAGUGGUGGUCAGGUGAAGAACCCUCCGUGACCAACGAGAUACUACACAUUGUUAACAUUUACAGACCUUUUAUCGUAAUAGAAUUCUUCUUUUUUUUCUCUGCA